AUGUAUGCCUCUGGGAAAUACAGCUCCCGGGGACCUGCUCUUAUCCCACGGAUGAAAACCAAGCACCGUAUAUACUACAUCACACUCUUUUCUGUGGUGUUGUUUGGCCUCAUCGCCACUGGGAUGUUUCAGUUCUGGCCUCACUCCAUUGAGUCCACCGCUGAUUGGACCGUAGACAAGCGCAGUGUUCAUGAUGCUCCCCUGAUGCGCCUCCAAGUCUCGAGUCCCAUUCCUGAAAGGGGAGACCUUAGCUGUCGCAUGCACACCUGUUUUGAUGUGUAUCGGUGUGGCUACAAUCCUAAGAACCGAAUCAAGGUUUACAUCUAUCCCCUGCAGAGAUUUGUUGAUGAACUUGGGGUUCCCAUCAGCAGCACUGGACUUUCGCGUGAAUAUAACGACCUUCUCAGCGCCAUUUCGGACAGCGACUUUUACACUGAUGAUGUCAACAGGGCUUGCCUUUUUGUCCCAUCAACCGAUGUUCUGAAUCAGAACUCCCUGCGAAUUAGAGAGACUGCCCAGGCUCUUGCAAUGCUACCUCGAGCGCUCCUGGCUGGAGGCGGCUUCUCCACAUGGACGUACAGACAAGGUUACGAUGUCAGCAUCCCAGUUUACAGCCCCCUCUCUGCUGAUGUUGAGCUCCCCGAGAGACAGCCUGGACCUCGCCGCUACUUCAUCCUGUCAUCUCAAACAGCCAUUCACCGGGAGUACAGGGCUGAACUUGAACGCCUGAAGGAAGAAAAUGGCGAAGCUCUGCUUCUUUUGGAUAAGUGUAGCAAUCUCUCCCACGGAGCUGCCUCUGCUCGAAAGCGCUGUUACAAGGGACAAGUGUAUGACUACCCGCAGAUCCUGCAGGAAUCCUCCUUUUGUGUGGUGCUGAGAGGUGCACGUUUGGGUCAGGCUGCUCUUAGUGAGGUGCUCCAAGCCGGUUGUGUCCCUGUCAUCCUUGCUGACUCCUACAUUCUUCCUUUUUCUGAAGUUCUUGACUGGAAACGGGCAUCAGUGGUUAUCCCAGAAGAGAAGCUCUCGGAGAUGUAUACCAUCUUGAAGAGUAUUCCGCACAGACAAGUGGAGGAGAUGCAGAGACAGGCACGCUGGUUCUGGGAAGCCUAUUUCAGCUCCAUGAAGGCCAUUGGCCUGACGACGCUGCAGAUCAUUAAUGACCGCAUCUACCCAUAUGCUGCACAAACAUAUGAGCAGUGGAACAAUCCAACUGUUGUGAAGUGGUCCAGUGUGAACAGUCCCCUCUUCUUGCCACUUAUUCCACCAAGAGCGCCCGGGUUCACAGCAGUGGUGCUGACCUACGAUCGAGUCGACAGUCUUUUCCGAGUCAUCACAGAAAUUUCCAAAGUUCCUAGCUUGGCUAAGUUGCUGGUCGUGUGGAAUAACCAGAACAAGAGUCCUCCUGAGGAAUCUCUUUGGCCUAAGGUUGGUGUGCCUCUCAAAGUUGUGCGCACCAAAGAGAACAAGCUGAGUAACCGCUUUUUCCCCUAUGACGAGAUCGAGACUGAAGCUGUGUUGGCCAUCGAUGAUGACAUCAUCAUGUUGACAUCUGAUGAACUGCAGUUUGGCUAUGAGGUAUGGAGGGAGUUCCCUGACAGGCUUGUGGGUUACCCAGGGCGACUGCACCUGUGGGACCAUGAAAUGGGAAAGUGGAAAUACGAAUCGGAGUGGACCAACGAAGUCUCCAUGGUUCUAACGGGCGCUGCUUUUUACCAUAAGUACUUCAACUACUUGUACACGUACAAGAUGCCUGGAGACAUCAAGAACUGGGUCGAUGCACACAUGAACUGUGAAGAUAUCGCUAUGAACUUUCUCGUGGCCAACAUUACUGGCAAAGCCCCCAUAAAGGUGACCCCCAGAAAGAAGUUCAAGUGUCCUGAGUGCACCGCCAUCGAUGGGCUGUCCCUGGAUCAGACGCACAUGGUGGAGAGAUCGGAGUGCAUCAACAAAUUUGCAUCGGUUUUUGGCACCAUGCCUCUUAAAGUGGUGGAGCACCGGGCCGACCCGGUUCUCUACAAAGACGACUUCCCAGAGAAACUCAAGAGCUUCCCCAACAUCGGCAGCCUGUGA